AUGGUAGACGCUCACGACGUCCCGCCGAGCCCGGCAACCGACGAAAUGGCCCCAAUGGCCACGGAGGCCGCCUCCCCCAUUGAGCAUGCCCCUCUCUCCGAAACGGCCUCUCCUGCUGAGGGGGGCACCCCCUCGGCGAGCGAGGCGGCUCCCAAGCUGUCGAAGAACCAGCAGCGCCGCCUGCGCCGGCAGCAGGAGUGGGAGGCCAAAUCCGAGCAGCGCCGCGAGGACCGCCGGCAGCAGCGGAUCGACAAGCGCCGCGCGCGGGCCGGCCUCCUCCGGCAGUUCCUGGAGAUCAAGGAGCAGCAUGAGCGCGAGGAGACCUCCUUCGACGAGGCGGCCGUGCUGAAGGAGCUGAACCUGCACCUGCGCAAGCGCGCGCGCAAGAUGGACCCCAUGGACGACACCCUCAUCACCAGCGGUGUGCAUGUGGUGCUGGACAGCAGCUUUGACGAGCUGAUGAGCGAGAAGCAAAUCAACUCGCUUGUGCGCCAGACCGAGCACAUUUAUGCGCUCAACGCCCGGGCCGAGUACCCGUUCCACCUGCAUGCCACCUCCUUCGGGGGGCAGUACCGCGAGCGCAUGGACCGCUGCUGCAGCUGGAGCGAGUGGCGACGCGCCGGCGGGGUCAACUUCAUGCAGGGCAGCCUGACCGAGGAGCUGCCGUCGCUUGUGGCCCGGAUCUUGGCCGGGCCAGGGGCUUCCUCGGCCAAGACCGCCGAGCAGGGUGCCCCUGACCAGGACAUGGACCAGUCUGCUGGGCAAACCACCGAGCAGGCUGGCGAGCAGGCUGGCGAGCAGAUCGCGAAGGUAAGCCCCAGCCAGACUCCCAAUGACACCCCUGGCCAGAUUACCAGUGACACCCCUGGCCAGACUCCCAGCCACACCCCUGGCCAGACUCCCAGCCACACCUCCAAUCACGGCCUGGCCCUGCACAUGGACGCGGAGACCGGCCGCCCGACCGAGGAAGUGGACCCGGCCCAGUGGCAAUCCCGCGUCAUCUACCUGACGGCUGAGUCACCGAAUGUCGUGGAGAAAAUUGCCCCGGGGCACAUCUAUGUCAUCGGUAAUCUGGUGGACAACAACCACCAUCCCGGCCUGUGCUAUGAGCGGGCCCGUCAGGCCGGCGUCCGGACCGCUCGGCUGCCCAUCAGCGAGCACAUCCGCCUGGACACCCGCCAUGUGCUUACCAUCAACCAGGUCCACCACAUCCUGCUGGAGGCCUUCCGGAGGGAUGGCGACUGGCCGGCCGUCCUGGAGGCGGUCAUUCCCACGCGCAAGGGCGCGAUCAAGCUCGACCAGGCCCCCAAGCAGCCCAAGGCCAAGAAGGCGAAGCUGGCCCCCGCCGAGCCGGAGGGGGAGAAGCCUGCCCUCGCCGAGAAGCCUGCCCCUGCCGAGGAGAUCACCCCGGCCGAGGAGACUGCUCCCGCUGAGGAGUGA